AUGUUUGUGACCUUUCUGCGAUUGCUGACGUUGUUGUCUUUGGCGGGAUAUUUGAAAUGCGAAGAAGACAAUCCUUAUUUAACGUCUCUGAAAGCAAUUAAGUGUAAAAGCAUUCAGAAAUAUGUUGAGGUGCGUCCUGGGGCAUAUCUAUUUUAUUGGUUUUAUUAUGCUGAUGGGAUUUCUAUUGGAGCUGAUCGUAAGCCGUUAAUAAUAUGGAUACAAGGAGGUCCAGGACUAUCGGCUAGUGGAAUUGCUAAUUUUGCUGAAAUCGGCCCCCUGGAUAUGAAUAUGAAACCACGGAAUCAUACGUGGGUAAAGGGUAGAAACUUGCUUUUAAUCGACCACCCAGUUGGCACCGGCUUUAGCUACGUCACGGAUAAAUCAUUACUUGUGAAAACGGACCGCGAAAUGGCGUUAGACCUCACGAAAGCAAUUGAAAAGAAAAGAUUGAAGAUGAACUUAAGAGGUAUAGGAAUUGGAAGCGGCUGGGUGGAUCCGAAGGAGAGUACAUUGGUUCAACCAGGUUUUCUUUAUAACAUGGGAGUUAUCGAUAUUACUACAUACCAGCAUACAUUGAGUUUAGUGAAGAGAAUGGCACACUACAUAGAUAAAAAAGAUUACGAGUUCACAGAAAAGUUAAAUUCGAUAAUGUUUGGAAUAUUAAACAUUGAGGCAGGCAUGGAAAUUAAUUUUAAUAAUAUUAAUCAAGCCAGUCCAUAUCCAGCUUUAGAAGAAUUGGCCGUAAAAAUUAAUAAGUAUGUCAAGCCGACGCUAUCACAUUUGGUGAAUCAGAGUUUGCAAUGGAAUUAUAUAUCUGACGAUGCCUUCUUUAAAUUGAAUAACGUGUUUUUUGUGCCAUCAAUUUCAUUCUUAGAACGGUUGCUGAAUAAAACGAAACUGAAAAUAGCAGUUUAUAAUGGCAACUUGGACGUCGUCACUCCGCUAGCGGGAGCCUCAAAUUGGGUGCAUAAAUUGAAAUGGCAUGGCGCGAGGGAAUUCAAGAAAGCUAAAAGGGUUCAGAUAAAUGGAAAUAGAAACGGAUUUUACAAGAAAGCGCGACAGUUCAGCUUCUGGUCGGUGUUCGGAUCUGGUCAUUGGGUUCCCGAAGAAAAUCCAGUUGCAAUGGAGCAAAUACUGAACCAUAUUAUGAAUGAUGACAAU